AUGUUGGCUUGUAAUAGCUCCUCCUUGACUAGACCUACCUUCUCCUUCAUUGGUAUACCUGGUCUAGAGACUGCACAUAUGUGGAUCUCCAUCCCCUUCUUCCUCCUGUACCUUUUAUCCCUUGUGGGCAAUGCUCUUCUGCUCAUCCUAGUUAGAGCAGAACAGAAUCUUCAUGAACCCCAGUUCUAUUUUUUGGCUAUGCUUGCCUUGACUGACCUAGGCCUUUCACUGUCCACAAUGCCCAGUGUCUUGGCAAUCUUCUGGUUUGAUGUCCGCCAUAUUGGUCUAGAUGCUUGCCUAACUCAAAUGUUCUUCAUCCACACCCUCUCCUCAGUGGAAUCGGGCGUCCUGGUGGCCAUGGCUUUUGACCGCUUGGUUGCUAUCUGUGCUCCAUUAAACUACAACAGGAUUCUGACCCACUACACUGUUGCCUGUCUUAGCGGGGCUGCCCUACUACGAGGGGCCACUCUGCUGCUUCCUCUCCCUUUUUUCCUCAGGACCUUUCCUUUCUGUGGGGCCAAUAUCCUGUCACACUCUUACUGCUACUACCCAGAUAUGCUCAACCUGGCGUGUGGGGAUGUCACUUUCAGCAGCGUCUAUGGAUUGGUAUUUGUACUGUGCACAUUCGCCGUGGAUGCUGUCUUCAUCCUUGCUUCAUACAUGAAAAUCUUGGGUACAGUUAUGAAGCUGGAGACUCAAGACAGAAGCUGGAGAUCUCUGCAUACCUGUGCCUGUCACCUAUGCACAGUGCUUGUGUUUUACCUGCCCCUAAUCAGUUUGUCAGUGCUGCAUCGGUACACACAAGACACUUCCCCAAUUCUGUAUACGACCAUGAGCAAUGCCUAUCUUCUCAUGACACCACUGCUCAACCCUCUCGUCUACAGUCUAAAAUCCCGACAAAUCCAGACUGCCAUGCGCAAGCGAUUUUGGGUGCAACGUGUCAUUGCUGGGGAGUGA